AUGGCCAUGGACAGAGGGGAGAUGAUGGUGUAUGCAAAUGGGCGUGCAUAUCACAAGGCAGAGAGCUUGAUCACCGUCCGUCUUAAGGGCACUGGGCCAGGCUUUGGCCCAGAGGCCAGGUUCCACAGUGAGGAUGGUGCUGCAGCCAUCCUCAAGGCACUCAGCAAACACUGCUGCUUCACACGGGGAGUGCUAGAGGACAAGCACGGUGUCAUCAUCACUGAGGCCACAAAGCGCCUGGAGCCAGGCACAUACUUCUACAUUCCAGACUCGUCAGUGGACUCGCACACCAUCGUCGACCUUGCCUCGGCUGUGAAUGCGGGACUCUCGAGUGCCAUUGUGUCUCAUGGAGAUGAGCUGGCCAAGGUAUUUGCGACUGCAGCGGUGGAAGCAGAGAUUGUGCACCAGAAAGAAGGUCGGCGCACAGUGGAUGUGCUGAUGCCGCUGCUAUACUUCACGCUGCUGAUGCUGUGGCUGGUCUGGCAGCGGGGCGGCUGGCUGGACAGUGUGGCCGAGGCCCAGAACGUGCUCACGGUCUUCCGACGCAUUGUGCAGCUGACGGACAUCGGCUUUGCCUUCUACUGGGACCCGCCCAAGUACUGGGUGGCCAUCAAGAUGCUCCUGCGCUGGCGCUGA